AUCAAGGUGUGUUUUCAUGUAAUCAGUAAUUAAUUUUACUUCCAUUUCUGUUUCAACAUAUUAAAGUAGAUAAUAUUUUGCAAGAAGGCCUCUCCGUGAGAAGGCUUCUUAAUUCCAGGCGGGGCCAGGCCUCUCUGGCCCCCGGGAUCUACGCCAACCACUGUGAGAGUGUGUGCGCACCAGUUGCUGCCUCAGAUACACAGUUUUAUCCAAGCUUCGACUUGCUUGUGCAGGCUGCUGUGAAGCGACAUGGCGUACAGCUGCAGAGCGGAGUCCGGACUCCAGCUCAUGGCCCGGCUGAGCUCUCGCCCCCCACUGAACGGCCUGGAGGACGUCGUCUUCUCGGGCGGGCCGGGCCACCAUGACACCGUCGAGAUCAGCGGGGACCCAGCGUCGGGGAAGACUCUGCUCCUGACCCAGCUCCUCGCUAAGUGCCUCUUGCCGAAGCGCGAGGAGAGCUGGAUCGUCGGGGGGCUUGGUGUGGGGGCGGUAAUCGUGGACACGGACCACCACUUCCAAGUCUUCAGGCUGGUCAACCUUAUGGAGUCGUGGCUGCGUAAGUGCGAGCUCGUUGACUCCAAAAAGAACAGGCUCAGCAGCAAGACAAUUGAAGCGAUAAUUAAAGCAUCCCUGAAGAAUCUGAUAGUCCUGAACUGUUACGACAGCAUGCAAAUGCUGGUGAACUUUCACUCCCUGGGUAAAAUCCUCACUGCAAAUCCAAACGUAAGUUUGGUAGUCCUGGAUAGUGCGACUGCGUAUUACUGGCAGGACGUCAUGGCAGGUGGUGUGAAGAAAAUGGAUCUGUAUUUGAAGAACAUCCUAGGGGCCAUGCACAAAUGCAUCCAAGAGUUUAAAGUGGUAGUGAUGUAUACGAAACAGAGUUACUUUCAGUCCAAGUUUAGUGAAGGUGCAGCGGAACUGGGGAAAAAUGUUUCGUACAGAAUCUCUCUCCAAAACAUGGAUGCAAAAGAUACAAGUAGCAACAUGUUUUAUGCUAACAUUGCAGGCCCCACAGGUAAUAAGAUGCAGAAAUAUGUGAUUGAUGGUGAUGGUCUUAGAUGGAUUUGUUAAGGGGUGUGUCCUGUUCCAGGUCAUUUUUUUUAAUUAAAUAAUUUUUUUUACUUUUUUUAGACUUUUAGUGUCUAAACUUUUACAAAUUAAAAAAUUUAGGUACAUCGUUGCAUACUAAUUAGCUGCCAAAGUGACAUUAUUCAUAAUUUUGUGCAGUACUGAUACGGAGUUUGUAAGAUGUCGCAGAACUUGUCAAGCCGUGAACAGUUAUAGGCCAAUUAAUAUCAGUUCUGAAUAAAAAAGGUUGCUGUAAUUUUUUAGCUAAAGGACUUUUUUUUUAAAUUUAAUCCUGCACCAAAAUAUUAUAUUAAAAAGUAUAGUAUAUAUAGUAUAUGUUAAUUUUUUGUUUUCAAUACAUAGUAAGGUUAUUCAGAAUUGUGUACAAAAAAGGAAUAAAUAGUAUAACAUGGAAAUUUGUAGUGUCUGUGUCUAUUACUUUUAAAUAUAUAUAUAUUAAAAAAAAACCUUAGUAAUUGGCCUUUCAACUGUUCUCUGCUUGCUCAAGUAAUGGGACAUCCUGUUUAUUGUACAAUGUUGUAACAUCGGUUCCGCAAGGAACCCAAUAGGUUACAAUUUACAGAAAACAAUUUACAAGAAGUGAAAAUAGUGUUCGGAUACAUGGAGACAAAGUCGUAGUAACAUGUGUAAGGCAAAUUUAGAACAGAAAUUUAAAACCCACUUGUAUACAACUUUAUUAAUGUGUCGGAAACAUACGUCACCUACAUUUACGUGUGUAGCCAAUGCAUAGCAACACUUUCAGAAACUAGAUAAUAGAGUUUAUUAUGACUAAAGAAGCACAACAGAUUUAUUUAUCCUGUUUCAUCCCUUUUUACCAUUUGGGUGGUUCUUGUUUUGGAAAAAUUGCAGCCAAACAAUUACGGCAUAAAUCCAGCUUUAAUGCAAAUCUGUGAGAAAAUUUUUUUGGGAUCUUUAAGUUUUUUAUCUCCCCAAAGCCUGAGUCAAAGAAAAUUUCUUUGGUUUGUCUUUGACUCUCUGUAGCUUUGCAUAACUCUAUUCAUUUGCAAGGGUGCAUCUGUGCCAAUAUGACUUGUUACACAUUUUUAAAGAUAAAAAAUACACACAGGAAC